UGAGUUCAACACCUUAAUUGGGACUCGGAUGUAGGGCUCCUCGGCGUGCGUGCGUCGGCUCUGGCUGGCUUCGCAAUCCGCCAUCGCCAUAGCCAGCGCGGGGGGCGGGGCAACUCGCUACACGUUGCGCUGGAUCGUUGAGGGAGGUAAAUGUAUUUGGGGCGGUGUUGUGGAAGAGGAUCGUUCAUGGCUGCUUCUAGGGUUGUCAUUUGGUUGCACGGCUUGGGCGACUCCGGCCCUGCGAAUCAAGGCAUUGCGUCCUUCUUCACAUCCCCUGAGUUCGCAGAUUUUAAGUGGCGAUUUCCCAGUGCUCCCAACCAGCCAGUUAGCUGCAAUGGUAGAAUGCGAAUGCCGUCCUGGUUUGAUUUGCCGGAAAUUCCUAUCGUCCCGGAAUCGCCAAAUGUGGAGGAGGAUGUCUUGAAAGCUGUUCGAUCAGUACAUGAGAUGAUUGAUAGGGAAGUAGCUGCUGGAAUUAGCGCCGAUUGCAUAUUUUUGUGUGGCUUCAGCCAAGGAGGGGCCUUGGCCUUGGCUAGUUCCAUGCUGUAUCCCAAGACACUUGCCGGAGCUGCCGUUUUUAGUGGAUGGGUGGCACUUGAUAAAGAAUCAUUUGCUGCAAAGAUUACUUCUGCAGCCAAGCAGACACCAGUUUUAUGGCAACACGGAUUAGACGAUAAAGUUGUGGAGUUCAGCGCUGGGCAGGCAGGCCCUCCAUUUUUGGCUCGUGCCGACGUGAAGUGUGAAUUUCAGGCCAUUCCAGAUCUUGUGCACAGCAUCGAUGCUGAAGAAUUGUCCACUCUUAAGCGCUGGAUGAAAGAGAGAUUGUAAAGAAGAGAUCACACCUCUUGCUUGCUUUCAUUGCCGGAUGCUUUGCGAUUCGAACGAUGGUUUAAUGUGAACAAUUAUUUAAUUUCCUUCAUCUUAUUCUAUUCUCACAAGAAUUCAGCCUG